UCCACACUCAAUGAGGCGUUGGAGAGGACCCUAAUGCUUAUAAAUCAACGAUGAUAUGGCCUAGCUGUCACCCUUCCGGGCAAACUGAGUAGCAACCAAGAGAGAGAUAGUUCUCUUCCCUUGGAUCUUUCUCUCUCCUAAGUCCCAAUAUUGAAGCUGAGAUGACCGGUAAGGCCAAGAGUAGCAGUAAGAGUAAGACCAACUCCAUUCUUACCAUCUUCAGGCACGCCGACUGUAAAGAUGUAUGGUUGAUGGUUCUAGGAUUCAUCGGAGCCGUCGGUGAUGGGUUCUCUACGCCUACCUUACUCUACUUCAAUGGCAUCGUCUUCAACAAAUUCGGUAGUUUCUCCUCCAUUAAUUCUCGGGACAUAGUUAGAAAAACCAACCAGACUUCCUUGUAUUUACUGUAUGUGGCUUGUGGGUCUUUGGUUGCUGCUUUCAUGGAGGGAUAUUGCUGGACAAGAACGGGAGAGAGACAAGCCACAAGGAUGAGAGCAAGAUACUUGAAAGCUGUCUUAAGGCAAGACAUUGGUUACUUCGACCUGCAAGUGGCCAGCACCACCCAAGUGGUCACCAGUGUCUCCAACGACACCCUUGUCAUUCAAGUCUUCCUUAGUGAGAAGUUGCCCAACUUCAUAAUGAACGCGACGACCUUUGUUGGGUGCUACGUGAUAGCGUUUUUGUUGAUGUGGAGGCUGGCCCUGGUAGCCCUACCAUUUGUAAUGCUUGUGAUAGCUCCAGGCUUGAUAUGUGGAAGGAUUCUCAUGGGUAUGGGAAAGAAAGUGGGAGAAGAGUAUGGUAAAGCUGGUAGUAUAGUGGAGCAGGCUGUGUCGUCGAUUAGGACAGUAUACUCUUUCGUUGGAGAAAGCAGGAUCAUGAGUGAGUUCUCAACAGCACUACAAGGGUGUGUAAGGCUUGGGUUGAAGCAGGGUUUGGUGAAGGGUAUGGCGAUUGGAAGCAAUAGCAUUGUCUACUCUAUUUGGUCUUUCAUGUUUUGGUAUGGAAGCAAAUUAGUGAUGUACCAUGGUGGGCGAGGAGGAACCAUAUUCACUGUUGCAGCCUGCAUCGCCAUUGGUGGCAUAUCACUAGGCAGUGGGUUUGUGAACUUGAAGCACCUCUCUGAAGCUAGUGCUGCUGGAGAACGUAUAAUGCAGAUAGUAAAGAGGGUACCAAAAAUAGAUUCAGACAAUAAUGAAGGCCAGGUUCUACAAAACAUUUCAGGGGAGGUUGAAUUCAAACACAUAGAAUUCGGGUACCCAUCCAGACCAGAGAAUGCAAUUCUCAGAGAUUUCUCACUCAUUGUACCAGCAGGAAGGACAGUUGCUUUAGUUGGAGGGAGUGGUUCUGGAAAGUCUACAAUAAUCUCUUUGUUGCAGAGGUUUUAUGACCCACUUAGUGGAGAAAUACUUCUUGAUGGGUUCAACAUUGUUAAACUUCAGCUCAAAUGGCUUCGAUCUCAAAUGGGUUUAGUGAGCCAAGAACCAGCUUUAUUUACUACCUCCAUUAAAGAAAACAUACUCUUUGGCAAAGAAGACGCAACCAUGGAUGAGGUAGUUGAAGCAGCAAAAUCUGCAAAUGCUCACAGUUUCAUUUCUCUACUACCACAAGGAUAUGAUACCCAGGUUGGUGAAGGAGGCACUCAGUUAUCAGGAGGACAAAAACAGAGGAUAGCAAUUGCAAGAGCGGUGAUUAGAGCCCCAAAGAUCCUUCUAUUGGAUGAGGCGACAAGUGCAUUAGAUUCAGAAUCAGAGAGAAUUGUUCAAGAAGCACUUGACAAGGCUGUGGUAGGCCGAACGACAAUUGUUAUUGCUCACCGUCUUUCAACAAUUCACAAUGCUGAGAUGAUCGCUGUAGUUCAGAAUGGGCACAUCAUGGAAUCAGGGUCACAUGAAGAGUUGAUCCAAUAUGAGAACGGAUUGUACACUUCAUUAGUUAGACACCACCACCACCACCAACAACAACAAACAGAGGAGAAAACCAAAGAGGAAGAGAGCCCAUUGACACACCUAUCAUCAUUUCCCCUCUCAAAAUAUGAUAAGAUCAACGUCACCAAGCGCAAGCUCUCCUCACAAAGUAGAUCCAACUCUGCAAUCUCAGCAGCAACAUCAAAUCAAAUAUCAGAAGGAGGAGAAAUCAAUGCUGAACAAGAAUUUCCAGUGCCCUCUUUUCGAAGAUUAUUGCUUCUUAAUCUUCCAGAGUGGAAACAAGCAAUCUUGGGAUGCAUUAGCGCAGUGUUGGUGGGCUUAGUGCAGCCCGUGUUCUCAUUCCUGAUGGGUAGUAUGAUAUCAGUCUAUUUCUUGCCCAGUCAUGAGGAGAUCAAGUCGAAGGUGAGGAUGUACUCGUUCUUAUUCCUUGGCUUGACUCUAUUCUCAUUCGUCGUAUACACAUGCGAACACUACCACUUCGCUGUGAUGGGUGAAUCCCUAACAAGGAGGAUCAGAGAAAGAAUGUUGUCUAAGGUUCUUACUUUCGAAGUAGGGUGGUUCGAUCAAGAUAGCAACUCUACUGGGGCAGUUUGUUCUAGACUCGCAAAGGAUGCUAACAUGGUCAGGUCACUCGUUGGGGAUCGAAUGGCUCUUCUCGUACAAACCUUCUCAGCAGUAACCAUUGCAUGCACCAUUGGUAUAAUCAUUGCAUGGAGGCUUGCGAUUGUAAUGAUGGCCAGUCAACCCCUUUUCAUCCUCUGCAACUACUUCCAACUGGUUCUGCUCAAGAAAAUGUCAAACAAAGCCAUCAAAGCCCAAGAAGAAAGUAGCAAACUUGCGGCAGAUGCAACCUUAAACAUCCGAACAGUCACAGUUUUCUCCUCCCAACGUCGAGUACUCGAUUUGCUAGCCAAAGCUCAAGAAGGUCCACGAAGAGAUAGCAUUUGUCAAGCAUGGCUUGCAGGAAUUGUCCUCGGCAUCAGCCAAGGCCUCAUAUACUGCAGCCGAGCCUUCGAGUUCUGGUAUGGUGGAAAGCUCAUCUCUGAGGGUUACAUUACAGUUAAGGCCUUCCUUGAAACUUUCUUUACCUUAAUUAUCACCGGCCGUAUCAUCGUCGAAGCCGCCAGCAUGACCGCCGACUUGGCGAAAGGAGCUGACGCCGUUAGCUCUGUAUUUGCCGUGUUGGAUCGGAACACUCGGAUUGAAACCGAAAACCCGAAAGGAUAUCAGCCCGAAAUGUUGAUCGGUCAGGUGGAGCUCCGAGACGUUCACUUUUCAUAUCCAGAAAGACCCAACGUCGUCAUCUUCCAAGGGUUCUCACUUAGCAUUGAAGCAAGAAAGUCAACGGCGUUGGUGGGCCAAAGUGGUUCAGGGAAAUCAACAAUCAUUGGCCUGAUAGAGAGAUUCUAUGAUGCAUCGGAAGGAACGGUGGAGAUCGAUGGAAGGGAUAUAAAGGCGUACCAUCUCCGGUCUUUGAGGAAACGCAUUGGCCUGGUGAAUCAAGAGCCAACUUUAUUCGCAGCCACAAUCAGAGAUAAUAUAGCCUAUGGCGCCUUUGAUGGAGGUAAGGUUGACGAGGUUGAAAUUAUAGAAGCAGCAAAGACAGCCAACGCUCAUGAUUUCAUCACGUCACUUAAAGAUGGAUACGAUACAUGGUGUGGCGAUAGAGGGGUGCAGUUAUCUGGAGGACAGAAGCAGCGGAUUGCGAUAGCCCGAGCUAUACUAAAAAAUCCUGCGGUGUUGCUGUUGGAUGAAGCCACGAGCGCGUUAGACAGCGCGUCGGAGAAGGUGGUGCAGGAAGCAUUAGAGCGAGUGAUGGUGGGGAGGACGAGCGUGGUCGUGGCACAUCGAUUGAGUACCAUACAGAAAUGUGAUGAGAUUGUGGUAAUGGAAGGAGGGAAGGUGGUGGAGAAAGGGACCCACUCAGCUCUUUUGGCUGCGGGACCGACUGGUGCUUACUACUCCCUUCUUAAGCUCCAAAAGGCGCCUAAUACUGAGAAACAUCAUUGAUUAAUAGGUAGAUUAUAAAUCUGAACUCCUAAAUCCUAAUUAAGCAUUGUAUGAUGAUGGAAUAUGUAUAGUGUCUUGAGAGGCAAUUCAUGAGGGGUGGGUGGUUCAAGUAAAACCGGUUCACCCACUGUUGGAUAUAUGUAUGUGGUUAUGAUUGAGAGUGCAUGUAAGGAGCUUAUUAAUUAUUAAAUUUAAGGUCUUGAAAGACUUAUUUUAUAUGAACUUACAGGCAACCUUUAAGAA